UAAGUUUUUGGCAUGGGGGAGACUGCACACCCACACAGUUAUUUAGCUUUUUGUUCAGUAGCUCUCCAGUUUAUUUACAUAGCUAUCUGGUUGCUAGGAUCUUAUUUGCCAUGGCAAACAGGCAAUGAUUUGAAUGAGAGACUGGAAUAUAAAUAGGAGAGGGUCUGAAUAGGAAAAUAAAAAAGUAAAAACAAUAAAAUUGUAGCCUCAGAGAGCAAUAGUUUUUGUCUGCUGAGGUCAAUGAGCCCCAUCUGAAAGCUAGAAAAAGAUAGAAAAGCAAGGCUUAUAAUUAAAAAGACUAAUUGUAAAGUUGAUAGGAACAGAAUAUUCUGCAAGAGGUACUAGAGUUGCCACCUUUUGGUCCGUCUAACUCCGGGCAGGGGGCGGGCUUUUAUUUAAUCGGGUUAAGGCAGUGACUGGGCGGAGUUGUGAUGUUAGGGGCAGAGCUGUGACGUGGCGAUCAACAAUUGGCCGAUCGCUGCAUCUCCUAAGGAAUCCUGCCCGGUUUUCCUGAUUUGGAAAAAUGGGCAAUUUUGACCCGGACAGCCAUUUAGAAAACUAGGCUGCAGUAACGUAACUAGCUGGCACCGGGCCCAGGUGCGGGCCAUACAGGGACUCCACCCCUCCUACAGAAGCUAUUUUCUUGCUCGCUACGCGGGCAUGAGAACAGCCAGCAGGCCCUGAAGGGAUGCAGGCCCUGGUGCAAUAGCACCCCGUGCUCUGCUGGUAGCUGCCAAUGCCAUAUGCCUUUGUGCAGGGGUUAACAAUAAAGACACCAGAUGUUUGUAGACACCCUAGUGGUGUUUCUGACUGUUGCACAAUUUAGAUUUGUCUGUGCAGCCAAGAUCGUACAGGCCUGGGUUUGUAAGGAGUGCAGGUGGGGCAUCACCAGUUAAGCCUUGGUUAGCAAGUGUGCAACCGUAAGUUAUGCAGGUAAGGAGUAAGACAAGUAAGGCCUUUGUAAACAAGGCAAUGCAUUUUACUGCUGUACAGUCAGGCACCAGCAGUGUUCCAUGGGGAAAUAGCAGUGGUGCCUGUAGAUUUCACAUUUCAAUCAUUACAAUUCCAGAUUGCUCCCUGGUAGCAGUUUUUUUUUAAUAACCACUGGGAUACGAUGCCUCUUGGGAUUCCAGAGCCGAUUAAUAGGUUCAGCGGCUUCUAGCAGCUGCCAUUUAGCUUGUCUCAACAGAAGCAUAAACACCCCUAGAGAACAUGCACACCUGCACAGGCUGUUGGGAAUUGCUGUUAAAAAAAUAGCUUUGUUCCCAAUGCUUUCUAGGGUUAGGGUUGCCACCGUGUAUAUAUGGCUCUUUGUCCCAAAAGCUAAAGUUCAGGCUGUGACUAGGAUUGCCACUUUAUCAUCUAUUCCUUCCACUCCCAGAGUAUAGGGCACCCGUGAAGACUCUCCAUUCAGAUCUAUUUUUUGCUAUUCUCUUGAUCUCACUCCAUGUUUUUCCCAUCUCUAUAAUUUCUUCUUCCACUGGGAUUACAAUUGUUGCUUGCUGGUCAUGAUAAAGCAUUUGUGCUUAAGUUUCAGGACACACUCAAACUGCUUUUCUUGUGGAGAGAAAACACCCUGUUAGUAAAAAUGAAAAAUAUCAAUUUAGUUUGGUUAAAUAAUAAUAAUAAAAUCAGAAAGCUCCUGACCAAUUUACCACACAAUGCAAUUUAUUUGAAGUGUUUGUUUUAAUUUAAAACUACCCGCGCCCAGACUACAAUUCCCGGCUUUCCUUGCGGCUGAGCUGAAGCUGGAACGCGGAAGAGCCGCUAUGGGGAUUUUGCCGUGGCUGGUGUCACGUGAUAAUUGGUAAAUGAAGAAAGACGAGCAAGUGCGUAUGGGGGAGAGGCGGGGCAGCAGCAGACAGGAUGACAGCCCGGGCGAACAAAAGCUCCAGAGAGAGAGAGACAGAGCUGCGAGCGCCUGACACAGGCAAACAGUGACAGCCGGAGAAAGUGACCAAGAAUCUGUGUGACGACAGGACGGAGGGCUCCCCUGUCGCCCUGAUGUGAGCCGGAUGGGAUUAUGGGAAUUGGACUGUAAUGAGGGAACGUGAAGAAAUCUCAGCCCUUACUGUCACCACAGCAGCCCCCUGAGGCACAGCAGCACAUAAAUAGGCUCUGCUAGACAGACAACAGGGCUUGUGGAAUUUCAGCUGAAGCCUGCCUUGGGCUGACAUAAGGAGAGGGAAUUCCAAGGAUACCAUGGAACCAGGGGGUGUGUGACACCAACAAACAUGGGCAGCCAGACUCCAUUCUAAUCUUUCUGCCCAUUCCCUAUAAAAUGCACAAUCUCUUCGUUUUCCUUUUCCUGCUCCUGAGGACUGAGCUGUGCCCCUCAUUGCCUCAAAUCUUCCUGGGAACUCAGAAUGGCUCAAUACAACUCUCCGAUUCCCUCACUGUGAUCCCUAGCGCUGACCAGUCCUUAAAUGCGUCCACUGCAUCCAUCACACCCACCCCACCUAUCUCUUUGGAUGAUUCCACUCCCACUGCCUCAGCCUCUGGCUUCUUGCAGAUAGGGGAUGGAUGCUGCUUGCAGUUUGACUUUCCAGAGCACAGAGAGGGUGUCAUUGUGAUCAGCUCCGGAUCUGCAGCUCAGAACUCAGACCUCACUGUGAGCUCGCUGGACACCUCAGUGCUUAAAGUCUUGAAUGUGAGUCGCGGGACGGUAGGGUUGCCUGGCUAUUUCUUGGUGCACAUAUACUCUGGGAUGCCUGGCACAGCCCCCCUUCAUAUGCAGCUGAAGCUGCUUGGAUCCCAACUGGAUGAAAGAAAGGACUUUGCCAUACAGGUUGUCCCAAAUGAUGAUCAGGAGUAUGUGGGCUCUGCAGCUAGUCAUUUCUCUGAGAGCCCUCUCCUUUUUGCUCUGCUACCCCUCCUACUUAUUAACAAGUGUGCCUUUGGAUGCAAAGUGGACGUGGAAGUGUUAAAGGGCCUGAGACACCAACCCCACCCUGUAAUCCUUGGCAUUAUAGGACAGUUUGUGUUGAUGCCCUUGUAUGCAUAUGUUCUCUCUCUCCUUUUAGGUCUCUCCCAGCCUGUAGCAUUUGGGCUGGUUGUUACAUGUUCUUCUCCAGGUGGUGGUGGAGGUUACCUCUAUAGCCUUCUAUUGGGCGGUGAUGUUACCUUAGCUAUAUCAAUGACAUUAAUUUCUACGGUGGUUGCGGUGGGUUUAAUGCCCCUCUCUUCAUUUCUUUAUGGACAUUUUCUUGGUGUACAUCAGACGCUUCACAUUCCUUUCCUAAAAAUUGUAGGCACUCUUCUUUUCAUAGCCAUUCCAAUUUCGACUGGUAUGUUGAUAAAGUGGCGUUUUCCCAAGGUGUCCCAGCUCCUCCUCCACGUUAUCAAGCCUUUUAGUGUCCUGCUUAUGGUCGGAGGCCUUUAUAUGGCCUACCAGAUGGGUUCUUCUCUUCUCAGUCAAGUGCCCCCUAUAUUGAUUGUAGCUGGGAUAAGUGUUCCAUUAGUGGGCUUGCUGGUCGGAUACCUUAUGGCUACUUGCCUUCGCUUGCCCAUUGCCCAGCGGAGGACAGUCAGCAUAGAAGUUGGGGUGCAGAACAGCCUGCUGGCCUUGGCUGUUCUUCAGCUUUCCCUUCAUCGCGCCGAUGCUGAUCUUUCUUCACAAGCACCGUUUCUAGUGGCCCUCAGCGGGACUUCAGAAAUGCUAUUAAUUGUUCUUUUGCACUCAGUCUAUGGGAAACUCAGAGAUUGCCACUAACAGGGGACACAGACUAUGCCCCUCUGCUUUGAAGCAGUCAUUUCAGAACUGCAAAUAAUUUAUUUUCAUUCCUGUUUAUUUUAUUUCCUGUUUCUGUUAUACAUUUACAUUACGGUUUGUAAGGUUUUAGGGCAGUCUUAAACUAUCCCAUAUUGUGAAUGUUUACUGCGAUUCCAUUUCAUUUUGUUUUUAAAGGGGAAUAUCGCCUUCAGUUAACAUUUUCAUUUAAUUUAUAUAUGUAAUAUAAUUAUUUAAUUUGUUCUGAAGCUCUCCAACAACUAUAACAAAUCGGUAUUUACUCCAGAAACAAGGAUAGAAAGAUAAGCAAUGAAUUUAAUGACAAUAAAACCAGACUGCUUUCUGAUUGUAGAGAAAUAAUCUACCCUAGCAAGCACUUUUCACUUUGGAGAGGUACAAAAAAAGUUAACUUCCCCUUUAAGCUACUUCCUGUUUUAUCUGUUCCUUUUUUCACUGUUACUCCAGUGAUGCAGCAGUUACCAGUAACAAUUAGACCAUCAGCAUCCCCUAUGUCUUAAUACUAUAAAAUAACAUGACGCAUCAGAGUUGUUCAUAACAGGUCUGUGCUCUCCCGCUGGGGUUCAGAUUUACAGGAAUUGUUUCACGGUAAACCAUGCCUCGUACUUAAGUCAGUCGACUCAUAUUACAGAAAGCUUUUAUGCCUGUUACUUUAGCCAUUCCAUUCAUAAUACCUGAAGCCAAAGUCCUGUGAUCAGUAAGCUUGCACUGAGGGGAAUACAGCUAUUUUUAUAGGGGUGUUUUAUAUAGUAAUGGGAAAUAAAGAUUCUGGUAAAUUAAAAUAAAGAAUGUUCAAGUUCUA